AUGUCGGCCGAAGCAUUGCCACCUACCCGUAGGUCCCCCUCCCACGCCCGAGGUGUUCUCCCUGCGGAGUCAGGCUGCCGUCGUCUGCCAUCGUCCGCGUGGUGGUGGGGCCGCCGCUGCUGCCGGCUGCUGGUGUGAUCGACGCCGGAUGACUAGGACUGACCGGACUGACCGGACUGACCGACCACUGACACCGCUGAAGACGGACGCUCACCGGUCUCACUGCUCGCACAGUCGCCGGGUACAGGCCAGCCCCUAAUGAGAAGGAGGCGAUGUUGCAUCUCUUCAACAAAGGCACGUCUCUUGCACCGUCCGCGCUUGUACUUGUAAUGUGGCUGCCGGUGACUGAUCCAGCCUCGCCUCGUGUGGUGCGACCAACCCGACACAGCCGACACCGAUCAGCUCGGCGUGCUCAGUCAGUCAGCUCCGCUUCCUCGGCGCCGAGUGCUUCCCCCCCAGCCUACUGAUCUUGAACCCGUUUCCCACCUCACAGCCGGAGACAAGGCGGUCCCCUUCUUCCAGCACUCGUCGUUGCCGCCGACCUUGCUCGGCGAGAUCUGGCAACUCGCCGACCCCGAGAACAGCGGAUUCCUGUCCCCGGACCGGUUCGCCAUCGCCUGUCGCUUGAUCGGCCACGCCCAGGCCAUCGGAGCCGAUGCUCAGAUCGAUGAUAGCUGGGUGGCCACCCGUGCGUUUGCUUCUCUGCCUUGCCCCGUUGAACUUGGAAUGACUAACGCCUCGUUCUCACCGGCCGUCCCAUUCCCACCCUGCCUCUCACGGCCCCUCCCCAUCAGCCGGACCGUUCCCCAAGUUCAACGGUUUCCCCAUCCCUCCCAACCUCAGUAAGCCAGCGGCACCUGCAACAUCUGCGCCCCCGACACCCUCGCGCCCCUCCACUUCGGCCCUCUCCCCACUCCAGGCUCCCAAUAAGGCAGGCGGCCCCGGAACGUCCGUGACGAAUGACGAAAAGCUCCGCUACGCCACGCUGUUCAGCAACUCGGGACCUGUCGCUGGAUUACUUGAUGGUACGUUCGCGCGCGAUGAAUGGUGUAGGCCGUGUUGGUUUCACUGACUUGCUCUCCACGGCGCACGUUCAAACAGGCGAGAAAGCUCGCGACAUUUUCAUCAAGUCCAAGUUGCCCUUCGAGACGCUCGGUCAAAUCUGGCAUGUCGGAAACUCGAGCAUUGGGUCCGACUGGCACACGCUGAUUCAGAUCCGAUCCCCACAGGAACCUCGCCGAUACCCACUCGCGAGGCGCUUUGGACGUGGCCGAUUUCACGGUCGGCAUGCAUCUGAUCCAGCACACGAUGAAUGGGUCUCUGCCGUCACUUCCUGCCGUCCUCAACCCGGCCCUGUACGCUUCGGCUAUCUCGUUGCCUGUGCCCAACGCGUCGAUGCCCGGAUCACCCGCCCUCGGCUCUCGGCUUCCGCAAAGCCCGCUGCGCAAAAGCAGCGUACCUCCUCGCACCGUCUCCCACUUUGCUCCGACUUCUCCUAUCACCCCCGCUCAUCCGGCCCAGAUCCCCUGGGAAAUCACUGCGCAGGAAAAGUUGGAGAGCGACGGAUACUUUGACGGCAUAGACUCGACUCGACGAGGUGCGAUCGAAGGGGAGGCGGCGGUCAACUUCUUCAUGCAGAGUGGUCUGCCGAUGGACAUCCUGGCCCGGGUAUGGGACCUCGCGGAUAUUCGACAGACGGGUGCUCUCAACAAGGACGAGUUCGCCGUAGCGCUCAAGCUCAUUCGCGAUCGCGUCGGCGGCAAGGAGAUCCCUGCGGUCCUCCCCGUCGGCUUGACGCCCCCCAGCCUCCGUGCACCCACUGGCUUCGCCGCUUCCCAAGCUCAACCUCAGCGGGACUUGCUCGAUCUGUUGGACGAUGACGCGAGCCCCUCAAUGCCGACAGGUCCGCCGCUUCGUUCCACCUCCGCUAUCGUCCCGCAAGGCACGGGUAGCUCAUUCCAUCAGCAACAGCAAGCCGGUCAACGUAGUCUCUCACCCCAGCUCACUGGACAACAACAGGCCCGUGCCAUGUCGCCGCAACUGACUGGACAGGCUACGCCGACUUACGGCUUGCAAGGCACGAUCUUCCCGCAGGCGACUGGUAUGGCGUUGAGCCCUCAGGCGACCGGCUUUGCCAACAAUUUCGGGUCGGGUCAGCAACCGUUACGACAGUCGUCGCUCGCUGGCUCCUCCGGCCCUGUUGUUGCUGCUCCCACGGCCACAGCUACCAACUUUUUCGACGACAACGACGAUGCCGACACGCAAGCGCACCUCUCGGCGAACCAGACGCAGCUCAAGUCGCUCGAGGCAGAACACAAGUCUGCUGCCGAGUCCGCGACUAACCUUGCGCAAUCCCGUUCCGAACUCGAGGCCUCCCUUUCGGCGACGACGACGCAGAUCAACGAGCUGCAAGUCAAGUUGUCGCAAGCUCGCGCUGCGCACGAAACGGAACGCCAGAUGGUCGACGAUCUGGUCAAGCGCAAUGAAGAACAGAAGGCCGUUCUCGCUAGGGCCCGACACGAACUGAUCGCGGCCGAAUCCGACCUCUCGGCAUUGCGCAUGGAGCGUUCCGAGAUCGAGGGUCAGCUUUUGCGCGACAAGGAGGACGUUAGGGCGAUGAAGAAGAAGAUGGCCAAUGUCGGUCACGAGACGGCGACUUUCAAAGAGACGCUCGAGAAACUCAAAAAGGAAGCGCGUCAGCAAAAGGGACUCGUCGCCAUCUCGCGAAAGCAGUUGAGUACGGCCGAAGGCGAGAAGGAGAAGGCCGAAACCGAGCUCAAGGCCGCCGAGCGCAGCGUCGCCAAUGGCGAAAGCCUUGCUGGGGUCGAAGCCGUGGAGGAGGACUCUCCUUUCGAUCACUCCCACUCUAUCGUAGCACCCAACGUCGAUCACGCCGCUGCAGUCGCUUUGCCUGCCUCACCGCCUGCUGUCGUUUCCCCCGUCGGCUCGGUCAGGUCCAACAACCCCUUCGAUCGCUUGGGUGGUAUUUCUCAAACCGUCACGCCUGAAGCCACCGGAGAUGUCACGGCUCCGGCCCCUCACAUUAGAGAGCAACAACCGGCAGCGUCGUCGUCAUCGCCUGGCUUGCCUACCGCAGUGGCUGGAGCAGUGGGUGCUGGGGCCAUCGCCGCCGCUGGGGCCGUCGCCGCUGGAGCUGCAGGUCUCUUUGGUUUUGGAAAGAGCGACGAAAGCGAGGCUGAGGACAAGUCAUCCGCGCACGCCGACACGUCGGCCGCCGCUCCUAUCGAGCCCUCCGAAACGGACCCGUUCGGAGUUCCGAUCGAGCGUGACGCAACCGCAGCGGACCCGCCGACGUCCAAAUCGGCUUUCGACGCCGCUUUCGACGAUGGAUUCGGCGACGAUUUCAGCGCUUCCUCAGCCCCUGUCGUUGCCUCAACCGCUUCGGCGCCUGCGUUCGACGACGUAUUCAACUCUUCUUUCCCGACCGAGAUUCCGGCUACAACUCCUCCCGCAGCGGAAGCAACAGUCACAGCAGAAGCAGGUCCAGACGCUAUCGCACCUGUGGCUGCCUUGGACCGGGCAGAAUCCCCCAGUGUCCCCGCGGAGCCUGUCUCGGCGCACGAAGAGACACCCGUGGUUCCUUCCGCGGCUGAAGAGCUCGCCGACGAUGACAACAGCGACAGCAGCGAGGACGAGCCCGAGAUUGAAGACGCGGUGGGAACACAUCAUCACUCGGCCCUCGCGGAGGACGAAGCGGUCGUCACUCCGACUUCGGGGAGCGCGCAAACGAACUCGGUCUCGGACAGUGGAGAAUCCUUUGUCCAUGUGCCAGCCGCUGUACCAGAGACGGAGCCAAUCCAAUCCGUUGCUGCCCCCGCCCAGGUUGAUGAGCCCCAUGUCCCCAAGACGGAGCCUGCACCUGUGGCCACAGCCGUAGAUGCCGAACCCCUCACCUCGACAACGCACAACGAAUCGAUCUCGAGCGAUGACGAUACCUUCGAGGAGGCUUCGCAUGGGGAUGCCGGACAGACUGAAGCAGCGGCUGCCUCUGAACUGCCCAGAGGAAACCCGGCCUCAUUAGCAGGACCCGAAACUCGGUCAGAGCCAGCUACCCCUGUUCUCGUAUCUACACCGACGAGCGCAACUCCGCAACGAAGAGCCGCUCCUCCUCCCCCUUCGCGAUCAACUGCAAGCUUUUCAUCGACUGCACCUUCGUUCGGCGCAACCACGGCGGAUGCGGGUCCUUCGACCUUCUCAAAUGCCGACUUUGACGAUGCGUUCGGUGAUUCUUUCACCGCUGCGCCUACGACGACGACGACGACGACGACAAGCGGGACCGACGAUUUCGACGAAGCCUUCAGUGAUCUCGGACCCGCUGUCCCCGUCGAGACGACAUCGGCUCCAUCAGUCCCAUCAGUUGCCGCGCCCGCGCAUGGCGAGUUCGAUUUCGAUGACGAGGCGUUCGACUUCAAACCCGAUUCCCCCGAGACCUCGCCGUCCAAGUCCGUGGCAGGCACGGAUCCCGCGUUUGAAGACUCGUUUGCGAGCUUUGAUUCUGCAUUCGACGAUGCGCCCAAGGCGGAAACGACGACUGGGAAAGCCUUGAGUGACAGUCCCGCGACUGGGUUUGAUUUCGAUGAUACCUUCUCAAGAGGAGCCGCGCCCGCACCGACUGCUGCGACGCUCGAUGCGGCGAAACCCGACGACGCGGAGGAUGUCAAGCAGAUCGUUGGAAUGGGGUUCUCGAGGAAGCAGGCUUUGGAUGCGCUGGAAAAAUUUGACGUGAGUUUCGACUAAUCUGUUUCCUUGCCUUGGCCUAAUUUGAUGCUGACGGUCACUCCUUCCUUUGCCCGGGCUCUCAGCAUGAUGUCAAUCGGGCGACCAACUCUCUGCUCGGCAUGUAA